AUGACUCCUCCUCUGCUUAGUAAAUUAUUGAUAUUAAAGAAAUCGUGGUCUGAAGGAAUUUCAGGGACAGUAGCUAUCAAUAAAUCCCUCUGCAAAUGCUUAUGGUCCCAAACUCUAAUAUUUAUCCUAUCAUUCAAAAUAGGCUUAAACGCAGGAAAUGAUAGCUUUACAUUUCAUAUCGGUGAAGGGGUAGAUUCACAUGUAUGAGUUUUCUCUACAAUCCCCAUUGAUCUAACACUGACAAAAGGACUUGGAUGACCUUUGAGCUUAGGCAGGUUUUCAGCUUUAUAA